AUGCGAUCUGGAGAAUCAGAAAUUCUACAUCGAUCAAGGAAACUUUUCCAACAAUUUCUGGUUGAUGCAUACACUAUGAUUGAGUUUGAACGGCUUAAUUUCAUUCGAUAUAACCAGAGUCAUCUGAGAGCUGAGUUGUACAAAAAUAUAAAACAUUCAUUAGAUAGUGGUGAAGAUGCAGCACUGAGCACUGGAAAACGUAUCAUUAUACCUUCUUCAUUCACAGGCGGACCUAGAUAUAUGGCUGAAAAUUGUAAAGAUGCUUUCGCAAUUUGCCGUUGGGCUGGAUAUCCUGAUCUUUUUAUAACAAUUACGUGCAAUCCUAAGUGGACAGAAAUUACACGAUUUGUUAGGGCUAGACAGCUGAACCCUGAAGAUCGGCCUGAUAUUCUAUGCAGAGUCUUCAAGUUCAAAUUGGACCAGUUGCUACAUGAUUUAAAAAAGGAAAAUAUUCUUGGCAGAGUCAUUGCAUAUGUUUGUACAAUCGAAUUCCAAAAGCGCAGACUACCUCAUGCUCAUAUUCUUCUAUUCUUGAACCCUUCAAGCAAAGCUGAAAGUGCUCUUGAUAUUGAUAAAUUGAUUUCAGCGGAGAUACCUGACAAGGAAACGAAUCCUACGCUGUUUAUGGCUGUCACGAGUUACAUGAUACAUGGUCUAUGUGGUCCUGAAAAUUACAAAUCUCCUUGCAUGAAGGACGGACGAUGUUCAAAAAAAUUUCCAAAAAACUUCUGCUCCCGUACUUUGAUUGACGAUGAUGGAUUUCCUCAUUAUAAGAGAAGAAAUGAUGGGAGAGUUGUGAACAAAAAUGGUGUUGAACUUGAUAAUCGUUAUGUUGUGCCCUAUAAUGCACACCUUCUUUUAAAGUACCAGGCUCAUAUCAACGUUGAAUAUACUUGCCAGAGAAGUGCCAUUAAAUAUCUUUUUAAAUACAUCCACAAAGGGAAUGACAGAGUGACAGCUGCCAUAAAUCAUUCGGACGAUGAAAUAAAAAUGUUUUAUGAAUGCAGGUAUGUCUCCGCAUGUGAAGCAGCUUGGAGAAUAUUUGGAUUUGACUUUCAUUCGAGAUAUCCCCCUGUUCAGAGAUUGCCAUUUCACUUGCCUAAUGAAAAGAACAUUAUUUUCAGUGAUAAUGAUUCGUUGUAUGAUGUAAAGACAAGGGCGGAGUCUAGACUGUCAAUUUUUGAGUCUUGGAUGGAUGCAAAUAAAAAAUAUCCAGAAGGUAGGCAUCUAACUUAUGGAGAGUACCCGACUGAAUUUGUUUUCAAAGAAAAAACGCAUGAAUGGAAUCCGAGAAAAAAAGGAUUUUCCAUUGGAAGGAUAAAUCGUUUUUCUGCCAAUAAUGGAGAAGAUUCAUAUCUUCGCAACUUGCUUAAUUUUCAAAGAGGUUGCACCAGUUAUGAAGAUCUUAGAACGAUCAAUGGCGUGGUUUUUCCUACAUUUAAGGAUGUGUGCUAUUCUUUAGGACUUCUGGAUGAUGACAAUGAGUACAUUGAUGCAAUUAAGGAGGCAAGUUCCUGGGGAUCUGCUGCUUAUCUUAGAUGUCUGUUUGCUCUGUUGUUAUUUGCCAACGCAAUGAACAGACCUGAAAAAGUUUGGGAAGAGUGUUGGAAAUUUUUAUCCGACGACGUUGUUUAUCGGCAUAGGAAAAGAAUAGGACGUCAAGAUGCAAUUCUUACAGAAGAGUCUAUAAAAAACAUAACUCUUGAAGAAAUUGAUAAGGUACUGCAGAGCAAUGGGAAAUGCCUCUCUGAUUAUCCGUCAAUGCCACGCAUCAAUAGUGAAACUUUGCUUGAUAUGCAAAAUCGAUUAGUGUUGGAUGAAUUAAUGUAUGACAGAUUUGCUUUGGAAGAGGAGCAUAAAAGACUAAUUAAUUCCCUCACUGAUGAGCAAAAAGCUGUUUAUGAUAAAAUUGUUUCAGCAGUUACGGCAGGUAAUGGAGGGUUAUUUUUCCCAUACGAGUUCGAUGGUACAGGAAAAACAUUUAUUUGGAAUACUCUUUCAGCAUCUAUUAGAUCAAAAGCUGGAAUCGUACUUAAUGUUGCUUCUAGCGGAAUUGCUUCCCUUCUGCUUCCUGGAGGACGAACAACGCAUUCUAGAUUUCGUAUUCCUAUUCAAAUCAAUGAAGAUUCAACGUGUAAUAUAAGGCCGAAAUCUACUAUAGCUGAGUUGCUGUCAAAAACAAAGCUAAUCAUUUGGGAUGAAGCUCCAAUG